UUUUGCAUUUCACUUUGAUUCCUUCUUUGAAUUGAUAAGGUUCUUUUCAUUAUAUUCGUCUUGAAGUUUGAACAUCGUAUAUCUUAGAAUGGCAUGGUCAGGAUACCAGAAGUUUCUAGCAUUAAUGCUUGUUGUGACGGGGUCAAUCAACACAUUGUGCACCAAAUGGGCUGACAAGCUGAAUGCCCAGGGCUCCGAUGGAGAAGUCAGGCAAUUUGAGCAUCCAUUUUUACAAGCUGCAGCUAUGUUCCUUGGAGAAAUCCUAUGUUUGCUGACCUUUAAACUUGUAUACCGAUUGAGAAGCAGCGAACACUCUCUAACCCAAGGCAAUCAGAACUUCAAUCCUUUUGUAUUGAUGCCAGCCGCAAUGUUUGAUUUGGUUGGUACCUCCAUAAUGUACAUUGGGCUGACUUUGACAUACGCGAGCAGUUUCCAAAUGUUCAGAGGCUCUAUUAUAAUAUUCGUCGCCAUGCUCUCUGUGACGUUCCUUGACAGGACCAUAUUGAAGCGGGAAUGGACGGGAAUUGCUCACGUUAUCAUCGGUUUACUUAUUGUUGGAGUGACUGACGCUAUUUUCCAGUCUAACGGCGAGUCCAAGGGUAGAAACAGCCUGAUCACUGGCGAUCUUCUCAUAAUUGUGGCUCAAGUUAUUAGCGCCUGCCAGAUGGUAUACGAAGAAAAAUAUGUCUCAGGACUCAACAUUCCACCACUGCAAGCGGUGGGCUGGGAAGGUGUCUUCGGCUUCUCUGUGCUAUCCGGAUUACUGGUAGUAUUCUACUGGGUACCAGCACCACCACACUUUGGGAAUAAUGCAAGAGGCACCGUAGAAGAUGCGAUCGAUGGCUUGGUUCAAAUAGGUAAUAAUCCUAUGCUACUGGCAGCUAUUCUGGGUACCAUAGUGUCCAUAGCAUUCUUCAACUUUGCCGGCAUUAGCGUUACCAAAGAGAUGUCUGCCACUACCAGAAUGGUUUUGGACUCUAUAAGAACCUUCGUGAUCUGGAUGGUGUCUCUCGCCUUGAGGUGGCAAGCAUUCUACUGGCCACAUCUCAUCGGCUUCGCUGUUCUGAUCCUUGGUACCGCCAUAUACAACGGUUUGAUUAAAAUGCCUACCUGCCGCCGCUGGAACAGAGAAACGGAUUUCGAGAGAGAGGUGGUCAGCACUGCCGCAGACAAAUCGGAUACCGACGGUGAAGCUUAGAUGAUACGUCAUAAUAAUUUAU